UCCAAUAAUAAUAUGGGAAUGCGAUAUAAGAUAUUCUAAUUCUUCACACAGACACACUUGGAAGAAUUUAUCUUAUCUACUUAACCAUUCCUUACAUCUAGGAUAGUCAAUGACUUUCUAGAGGCAGAGUCCUCUUCCACUUUUCCAGAACCAUCAACAAUAGUGGUGAGGGUCUUGCCCGACAACACUUUCUCCUUCAAUACGCGUCAAUGUAUGAUUGAGCUUAGCUCGUUUAUCACACACAUAUCUUGAAGCGGUCCUAUCCAACAACCAUUCUUCAGAGUUACCAUUAAGGCUAACCUCUGUCAUCACCUCAGUGAAUAUUAUUACCAAAUCCUCUUCUUUAGUCAAGUUAACACUAGGUUAAACUUGUUCUUACACUUUCGUGUCUUAUGACCUAGUUUCUCACGAAUUUAACAGAGAAACAUAACGUCAUUCUUAGAGGAUUGGGUGACAAUCUUAUGUUUACCACGAUAGGUACCAUUCUAAUUGGUGUGGAUCUGGUUCAACUUGCUGCUCUCAUUCUUGAAACUUUAAUGUUUCACAGCAAUCUAAAUGGUUCGUGUAGUACUGAUAAUAGUACUUCUUAUAAUAUCGUUAUUAUGGGCAAUAAACCCAUUCUAUUCCCAUAUAUUCUUCACAUAUAUGUAUGCAUUUAAACAAAAUCAUUAUAUUCCACAACAUGUAUUCAAUUUCUAAUCAUCGAGGUAAUAAAUCUCAAUGUCAACAUACAUCAAUUCUAGAUUUUCAUUUCUAGCAUUCAUAAUGAUUCUCAAUUCCAUGCAUAUGGUAGAUUCUAAUUUGUCAUUAAUAAAUGACUCAUAAAUAAGGUUUCAGUUCUUACCUCUUUCCCGAGAAGCCAUGCACAACUUCCUCGUUUUAUUUUCCCGACCAGUGUCUCGGUCUUCUCCUUGUGGAUCCCCACAUCAGCAGCAAUCAUCAGUUUGGACUGGGCUUUCCGGCCCAGCUUACUGCUGACUGUUAGAUUCCAGGGGGUGCGAAGCCCACUUCGGUGCAUAGUAUAAUGCAUCGGUGUACAGGGUAGAAUGUUCUCAGUUUCCGGUAACUCUACACUAGAACUCAUCUUCUUUAAGGUCGCUGCCAGAGUCCAAGGGCUCAAACUCGUCAAGAGGAGCGUCGCGUUGAGCGAGAGGUGCUUGGAGCAAUUGCACCUCUAGCAGUGUGGGACCGGACGCUAAGCAGGUUAGGGUUGGAAACAACGCCGAAGGACUUGUAGUUCUUGAUGACGCUGGCCUUGUCGUCCCACUUGAAGUCGUAGUCGUCGCCGGCGGCAAGAGAGCGGAGCUUUGGUCCAAUUGAAUAGGUCGUCGGCCAUCGGGGCAGAGUGAAACCGAUCGAGGGUUUACAGAGAACCAGCGGUCAUCUUCAUGGUCGUAGUUGCAUACGAGCGAGGCCUAUUGGAGCUUGAUGCGGCAGUUGCAGGUGGUGGUGGAAUCCAUGUCCAUGGCGGCGGAGCGCAUUGGCAAAGGAGAACGAAGCUCGUCUCCCAGCGCCCGGGAGAUUGAUUCGUCGCGUCCAGUGACAAAGCGGAGAUGGUACGCUAGGUCGGGAGAUGGCGGGGAUACGCUAGGUCGGGAGAUGGCGGGGAUGCGAAUAGUGAGAUGCGACGAGGAUGGCCGCAAUCGAAGGGUUUUAGCAGGCCGCGUCGUGAGUCGUGACUCAGAGUAGGUCAGUAGGGCAGAGAAGAACACAAUAAGCGAGUAUGUAUCGGAUUAAGCCUUGAGCCCUUCGCAAGCGGAAUUGAAUUUGCUGAGAGCGUCCUGCUCCGUCAAGGUUAUGGAAAAUUGAUAGCUAGAUCGGCGAACUCAAGCGAGCCAGAAUCGGUUCCUAUUCGAUAUUAUGACAGCCACUGUACGUCUUAAAAUUGUUAGAAACCGAACAGAAAAUAGGGUUACCGAUCUGGCUGAGUCGCGGACUAGGUCGCUCUCUUUAAGACGUUCGCGGCGCUGCCUCAUAAUUUGCACAGCAGACUAACAGCCGGUCGCCUCCAGGAUAAAACAGCCACUCUUAUUUAUUGCUCAUCGGUUUUGUGCGGAAAACCGGAGCUCUAUGAAUUCACUCUCUAUCGUGUUUCUGCUCUUCUGAGGUGUGUUUAGAGGGUCUGGGGCGUCUCCUAUUUAUAGGAGCAGAAAACCCAGAAUAUUCCCUCUUUCUUUGGGAAUAAGUCAUAUUUUAAUUAGGGAGAUAAUUACUCCCAUAAUUAAAAUAUAAUCUAUUAAGAUAAUUAUUCCUAAUUAUCUCCAUAAUAUUCCUUUUAUUAAUUAUCCAUCUUAUUUAUGUAUUAUGGGAAAAUACUGAAUAAUUAAUUUGGAAUUUCAUUUAUAGCUUUUCAAAGCUAUUCAUCCCAACAAAUUGAGAGAGAUUGAGAAGAGAAAUUAGGGUUAUGAGAUUGACUAUUGAUUACAAGAGAUAUUGGAAUAUGAGAUUACCGUAAAAUAUUAGUUAUGAUAAGAGUUCUUAACCAAAGUGAGCAGGUAUCAUUUUUCGUACCCAAUUAAGACAGACUUUUUAAUGACCAAUAAUUUUGGUGACAAAAAUACCAUUUUGACAAAUACGUUUUUUGGUCACAAAAUUCAUGUAUGGUAACCAAAUAAAAAUUUGGUCAUAAUGGAAUGUGACCAAAAGGUUCCACCAAAUAGGUUUGGCGACCCAUAUUUGACUCUCUAACGCACUCUUAAUGUUCUGUCAAGAAAAGAAAAUUUUGCUUCACAUGAAUAUAUGAAUAUAUAUGUGUUAAAUGAUAGAUGAUACUGCUUUAUACCUGUGAUGUGACUAACUAAUAAAGAAUUUCUUGAUAAGAACAUGUGUUGUCCUACAAUACGAAUCGCGAUAAAUCGACCUAUUUGAU